AUGACCGAAAAGGAGAAGACACGGCUGCCUGUGGUGGACUCUGGAGCAUCCAUCCAGAUCAAAGCCGAGGAAGACGAAGGUCCAGAUCCUAAAUUUACCGUUGAUGAAAUCAUCUCAGGGUGCAAGGUAUUUGUCAACAAGGAGGAUGGAAAGAGACUAGCAGAGAUUCUCCAGCAGAACACCAAGAAGGGGAAAAAGGUGUUUUAUGUUCAUUAUCAGGAUUACAACAAGCGUUUGGAUGAGUGGAUUCUGCCGGACAAAAUUGAUUUCCUGAAGCUGAUGAUUCCUCCGGUGGAGAAGGAGGAGAAGAAACCCGAGAAGCUGAAGCUGAAGACGGGGACAAAGACGGGCAAAACCACCCGAGCGUCUGAUAAAGAGGAGAGCGCCACUCCGCUUGAAAAUGAUGAAAUGGACUUGGACAACCUUAAUGUUCAGGGUCUCAAGCGCCCCGGCGAGGAAGUGAGCCGAGAAGAUGAAAUCAAGAAGCUCCGGACGAGCGGGUCCAUGAUCCAGAAUCACUCAGAGGUGGCCAGAGUGAGAAACCUUUCAAGUGUUAUCUUGGGUGAGCAUAUAAUAGAGCCUUGGUACUUCUCACCGUAUCCUAUCGAGCUUACGGAAGAGGACGAGAUAUUCAUUUGUGAUUUCACGCUUUCAUACUUUGGCUCAAAGAAGCAGUUUGAGAGACACAGGGCAAAAUGCUCCAUGAAGCACCCUCCUGGAAACGAGAUAUACAGAGACGAAAAAGUGAGCUUUUGGGAGAUUGACGGGCGUAAGCAGAGAACGUGGUGCAGAAACUUGUGUCUUCUUUCGAAGCUUUUCCUUGAUCACAAAACGCUCUACUACGAUGUGGAUCCGUUUUUGUUCUACAUCAUGACCAUCAGAUCACCCCAGGGCCACCAUGUGGUGGGCUACUUUUCCAAGGAAAAAGAAUCCGCAGAUGGAUACAAUGUGGCUUGUAUUUUGACGCUACCGUGUUAUCAGAAAAAGGGUUACGGUAAGUUGCUCAUCCAAUUUUCGUAUAUGUUGUCGAAUGUCGAGAAUAAGGCAGGAUCGCCUGAGAAGCCGCUUUCCGACUUGGGUCUAUUAUCGUACAGAGCAUUCUGGACGGAUGUUCUUGUUAAGCUCCUUGUGGAGAAGUGCAAUCCCCAUUUAUACAAAAAGAAUAACCAGCGAGAACUGAGUCUGCGGGAAGACUCGGCGCUGCCUCCACCAAGAGCCAACGGAGCUGCUGCUACCGCUGGUCAUGGAGCUUCGGAAAUCACCAUCGAGGAAAUCUCAGCCAUCACUUGCAUGACGACAACAGACGUUCUUCACACGCUAUCGACGCUUCAAAUCAUCAAAUACCACAAGGGUCAGCAUAUCAUUGUCAUCACGGACCAAAUCAUGGCAUUGUACGAUAAAUUGGUCAAGAAGGUGAAGGAAAAGAAGAAGCACGAGCUCGAUCCAGAGAAGCUUCAAUGGACGCCGCCUUCAUUCACGGCCAAUCAGCUUCGCUUUGGCUGGUAG